GAGCUGGUGCACAGCCAUUUCAUGAUCGGGCGACUUCCCUAUUUGGAUAUCCCAUUGCUGCCGGUUCUAUUUUCACACGGCACGUCAGCGUUUUCUUCUCAUCUUGAUUAUGGGCUUGUUCCUUUUAAGUACAGCUUGCUCCAGAAGCUUCAAGAGACGUUGAGUCUACUUGGAUCCAACAUGGCCAAUAUUCUAUCUUUCCGGCAAUCAUCUUGAAUAUUUACAGCUGUGCCUCCAAGUUAAGGUAUCGCCAAUAGCAGCUUACGUAGAGCUCUAUCAGGUCACAGGCUACUAUUAGCCUGAGCGCUUUUUUCCUUUUAACCCGUCUUGCUCCGAUUCCUUUGAACUUGUACAUAUAGAAAUGGGUAGUUGCCUUCGGUUGUCUCUUGUGACUGUCUCUAUAUAAAACCGAAUUCUCAAAAUUUCAACACUAUGGCAUACAAUCGACAGGUCGAGGUCUUCAGAGAAGAAGAAUAUCCUAUGAUGAGAGGGAAAACAUAUCUUGACCAUGCGGGCACAACUAUAUAUGCGAAGUCUUUGAUUGACAAAUUUUCCAAAGAGAUGGUGGAAAAUCUCUAUGGAAACCCACACUCGGCAUCAGCCCCAGCGCAACUUUCGGGGUAUGUCGUCGACUCUGUGCGUGAAAAGGCAUUGAGAUUUCUUGGGGCCGAUCCUGUUCAUUUUGAUCUAGUCUUUACUGCAAAUGCUACCGCAGCGAUAAAGUUGGUCGCAGAAAGUUUUAGAGAUUUGGCGCUAGAGAGCUCAACGUCGGGAUCAUUUUGGUACGGCUAUCAUAAAGAUGCUCAUACGAGUCUCGUUGGUCCACGAGAACACACCAAUGGACAGCAUCACUGCUUCGCAAACGACCAAGAAGUAGAAGACUGGUUGCUUGGCUACAGAUAUCCUCCAGGAAGAAGGGAAGAUGAUGAAACGCCAGGAAUUCUUGCAUUUCCGGGGCAAUCAAAUAUGACUGGCCGUCGACUACCUCUCUCCUGGAGUAAAAAAUUACGGAGGUCGACUCGCAUUUCACAUCAGAAUACCUAUUCUCUGUUGGACGCCGCAGGCCUUGCGACAACAACUCAGCUUGAUUUCAGCGAUCCCGAUGCGUCUCCUGAUUUUACUGUUCUUUCGUUUUACAAAAUAUUUGGCUUCCCCGAUUUAGGAGCUCUGAUAGUUCGCAGAAAAUCGGCACAUAUCCUGACUUGGCGUAAAUACUUCGGCGGCGGUACAGUAUCAUCUCUAACCGUAAUUCAUGAGGCAUCCUACCACAGGAAAGAUGCCACGAUUCAUGAUGGAUUAGAAGAUGGUACAUUACCAUUUCAUUCGAUUAUUGCAUUGGGGUGUGCCAUCGAUGUGCACCUUGAUCUUUAUGGCUCAAUGACCAACAUAUCCAAGCAUACGAUGUUCCUUACUCGGCGCCUCUACGAAGGCCUAUCAAGCAUUCGCCACUCUAAUGGCCGUCCUGUUUGCGAAAUAUACCAUGACGCAACUAAUACACACCCUUACACAGACGCCGCCACCCAGGGCGCUACUGUAGCAUUCAAUAUUCUACGGUCGGACGGUAGUUACGUGUCGUAUUCGACAGUAGAACAGUUGGCCAACCGGAAAGACAUAUACGUACGAGCUGGUGGGCUUUGCAACCCUGGAGGCAUCGCAAGUUAUCUCAAGGUAGCACCUUGGCACUUCAAGCGAGCUUGGUCAGCCGGUCAUCGCUGUAGCGAGUCUGACAACACGGAGAUAAUCAAUGGAAAGCCUACGGGCGUGGUACGAGCCAGUCUGGGAGCCAUGUCGAUCCUUUCCGAUGUCGAUACAUUCCUUGCAUUUAUGCUGGAAACAUUCGUUGAAGACAUAGGGCAAACAGUUAUCAUUACGGCGCAGCCGCGGAAAAAAUUGCCAGACAGAAGUCAGGGGGGCGUUGGCCCGGUUGUCGUGAAAGUACCCGGAAAUUGGCCUAUUAGAGAGCUUUUUCCCAUCAACACGGGAUUGAAACAGAAUUCAGUGGAACAGCCGCUAAGGCGGUAUGAGAUGUACGAUUAUGGGGUUGAUCGAGGGAGACCACGGACAAGCCAUUCAACAACUUACCGUUCUCCAGUUCAUCAUCUUUCAACCGGAUCAAAUGAUAGUGCGAUAGUGAUGUCGGCAACAGAAGUGAAACAUUGGGAUGAUAUUCAUAAAAGAGGGGUCCACGAAACUUGGCCCGAGAAACGGGAAAGAAGAUAUUCGAAUGAAAAUGAAAAGGCAAAAUUAAAAUUGGAGUUAUGGCCGACGGAAGAGAAGGGGAAAAAACCGGAAAAGACGUUAUCGAAAGCCAAGAGUUUUUGGGGCUUGAAUAAAGUCGUCAAGGGCAGGACCAAGGGGUAAUCAUCCUGUUAUUAGUUGCAUUGCACUUCAGGGUUGGUUCCGACUGCUUGGAACGAUCAUUUAAAAAGUUGGUGGGGUCAGGGGUAUCAUGAUUGAGGGGGCGCUGGGGAAGAUAAUUAUUGGUGAGAUGAUGCGUAGUUUUAUCAUCAUGUAUAUGGUCGCGCCAUGGUAAUUCGUUAUACGUUAGGUUGCUGUCGUGUGUUGUUUGCCGCGUGCGAAGACUGCAUAUGCACGAUACUGCUGCUUAGAUUUAGCAUUACACACUCAAUAUGCAGUUUUCACAAACAAGCGCUCCUAGAUUUCGAUGUCUAAUAUAUUCGUCUGAUCUGUGAAGAGCUUAUGUGCGUGUGUGUAACUGAAUCUUAUCGUACGCGUGCAGGCCAUCUGGGGGAGAGUGAGCCAAUCAUUGUUCUUACAUGCAUGCAUAUCAAUAUCCACAUCAAGAAACAUCUACACCCAUAACAUAGACAGUUCGUUAUAUCCUACAGUAACCUGCACAUCGUUCUAAAUUCAGAUUACCGGGUAUUAGAUCCAAUUUCAGUUCUUGAAUUUA